AUGAUUUUUAUAAACAAAAAUAGAAUAAAUUAUUCACAAAAAAGAUCUUUAAUUUUAUUAUUACAAUGUAUAAUUGUAGAUUUUUCAGGCAACCCUAAGUUAAUUACACAUCAUGAAUAUAAUAAUCUAUCAAAAUAUCGACAAGAAUCUAAAUUUAAUUCUAAAUUAUUUUUACCACCAAUUUCUAAAGAAUUUCGAGAGCGUAUUGAUUCAUAUAAUAGUAUAGUUAAAGAUGUAUAUGGAUGUUAUAUAGAAAAUGUAACAAAAUAUUUACGUUCAAUGAAUAAUAAACAAGAAGAAAUAUUGCCAUUUUCGAACAUUUCAUUUAAUAAAACAACAGAUUAUGAUAAUGGAACAUUUGAAUACAAUCUUCAUUAUCAUCAAUCACAACAAAUAUUAAAUCCAUCGAUAUCACCAUUUGCUGGUCUAUCUGGUCUUACACAUGAACAUUUUAUGUCAAAUUAUAAUUCAAUUUUUAGUUCAUGGGAUCUUGUCUAUGAUCUUGAUUUAUCACCAAAAAUUGUUCCAUUUAUUGAUAUUGAUUGUCGUGAUCAUACGAAUACAGCAUAUCAUUUAAAUAGUUAUGGAUUAGAUUUUUUUAAACAAGGUUCUGAAGUAUCAUUGAUUAAUGAAAAUGGUUUAAGUCCCGGUGAUACAUAUAGUCUUUUAUUAGAUCUUUAUCUUGUACUUUCAUCUGUUAAAACAUCAGUAGAAGUCAUUAUAAAAAAUGAAGAAAAACAAACUACAACUGAUGAUUUAGCCAUAUUUAUUCCAUUAUAUAAAUCAUUAUCAAAUAUACAAAGUAUAUUUGCAAGAAACUUUCAGAGACAAUAUCCAAGUCGUAAUCAAAUGUAA